CAGAAGCGAGAGAGAGAGAGCAAGCUUGCCCGGCCGCCCCACAGCAUCUGACGAACAUGACAUUCACUCAAUAAGAAGGGUCCCAAACCGAAACAUCAGCGAUUUCAUAAGCCAGCAAGUGCAGUUCUUUGUUUCUCCGUUCACUCCACAAGAUGGAGUCGAUGAGGACGUUUCUCUUCCUCCUCCGCGAAGUCGUCAAUUCAACUCAAAAAGAUUGUCAGGCUGCAGAGAGCAGAGAAGAGAGCAGAGCUGUCAUCCAGGCUGGUGGCCAUUCAUAUCUGCUGAAGAAAAUAAAGCGUUUGGUUACAUAUCUCGUAUUAAUGAUAAUCUCUGCAUCCCCCACAUUAGCGCAGAUCAAUAAGGAUGUGGAGAUAAGAGGAUUGAUGGGGGGAAAUGCCACACUGCCCUGCUAUAUGGAAGAUGGGAAGACAACGGGAUUGACGGUAUACUGGCAGACCGAGGGCUUGACUGCCUGGGAAUUGAGAAACAAUAAGUAUCAGUGGAAGCAUGUUCACCCGUCCUUUCACAGUCGUGUGGAAGUCUCGAUCCCAGGCAUCAGCUCAGGGAAUCUGUCAAUGAACCUUCAGCAGCUGCAGCUCAACGACAGCAGAAAAUAUGAAUGUAUCAUCAUAAGAGAAGGUCAACCCACUGAUAGUUUCAGCAUAAAACUCAAAGUGAUGGAGCCUGAAGUUGUAAUGGAACCAAUCAAUCCAAUUACCAGAAAUGACUCCAGCUCCAUUAAUACAGGUCCGGGAACAGGACGCAGAUGCCGAUAUUUUCUCCUGAUACCUACAGUUAUUUGUCUUUUAUUUGUAGCACUAUUUGAAAAUGUGUUCGACAGGGUGGAUCGUGGCUAUCUAUUCAGAGCUCUGCACGCCUUUGGUAUCGGACUGCAUUUUGUGGCCCGGGCCUGGCUUUUGUACACAGCUACAGAGUAUGAUGAAGAUUAG